AUGAGCGUGAAGCCGAAGCCGGCAGUGGCGGCGCGCGGCGCGAGCGCGGUCCAGAGCCGCGUGCGCGCCUGCGCGCGCCAAUCUCUGAUGGUAAUGCUCAUAAACAUCCCAACAAUAUCGUUCGGCCUGGCGAUGGGGUGGGUGUCUCUGAUCAGCGGCGAAAGCGUCGACGGUGGCACAGAGGGCACCUCUGAUAACGGUGACGUGCAAGCUGUAGCGGCGGCGGCAGUCACCUUCACCUCCUCGCUGGUGGGCGUCCCGCUGAGCGCGCGGCUGAUUGCCGCCGGAAGAAAAACUGCCGUUAUAUCCACUUCAGCCAUGUUUGUGGUGUGCUGGUCGCUGAAGCUGUGCGGCGGCAAGUGGCCGGUGGUGGUGGCCCGGGCGUGCGCUGGGCUCGGCGGGGCGGCCGCCUGGACGUUCGCGCCGCUCCUCGCGAGAGAGAUGUGCCCGGAGCGGGUGAGUGGAGCGGCGGUGUCGGCGCUGGUGCUCGCCAACAACCUCGGUGUGCUGCUCAUGUACAUCGCUGCCUACCUCCGCGUGCCGCACGAAACGGUGUUGUGGAGUUGUUUGCUGCUAUCUCUGGCUCACGGUGUGCUGUACAUAUUUAUGCCAGAGUCGCCGCAGUAUCUCGCUUCGCAAGGUCACACGGAGAAAGCUCGGGAAGCGUUGGCGUGGCUGCGCGGCGUGGACCGCGACGCACCUGAGCUCAAGGCGGAGUUGACUAACUUUCCUACUGAAGGAAAACCUGUGUCGCCCUUUAGGCAUAUUAAAAAUUUGUUCAGUGAUGCGGGCCGACGUCGGGCAUUCACUCUCUCCUGCAUUAUGGUGGUCGGGCAGGAGACGUGUGGUGUGUUGGCGCUGAUGCAAUUCGCCGAGCGGGUGUUCGUGCUGGCGCGGGGGCACGGCGACACCGUGGCUCCCUCGGACCCGUCGGGCGUACUCAGCGAGCCUGCGCGUCACGCGGUGUGGCUAGGGUGCGCACAGUUGGUUGCAUCCGCACUCGCCUUGUAUCUCGUUGAGAGGGUUGGCAGGAAGCUUUUAAUGAUAUGGGGCGGCAUGGUGACGGGCGUGUCGCUGGCGCUGGCCGCUGUCGCCGUGCAGGUGGCGGCGGGCGGGCCGUGGGCGGCGGCGGCGCUCGGCAGCGCCGUGUUCGCAGACUCCGCCGGCCUGCAGCCCGCGCCCUACGCCAUGUUGGCCGAUAUGUUUGACUAUGAGUACCGCGGCUGCGCAGUGCUGCUGAUUAGUGCUCUGGCGAGUUUGGGGAACGCGGUUGAGGUGGUUGUAUUCCCGCUGGUGGCGGUGCAAGCGGGACUUCCCGUCGCCCUCACGCUUUCGGCUACUCUCACUCUGUCGCUCACGGUGUAUGCGAUGUGGAGGGUACCGGAGACCAGGGGCCGCACCACCGCCGAGAUAUACGACAAGCUACUUAAGAGAAGGGAUGUCUAUCCCAGUGUCGUGAGUUUCCGUCAAAGUGUGAUAACAAAAUUGUGA